UUGCGGUUUUUAGUUUGAUUUGUUUUUGUCUUGCAAACAAACGUUGACAAAUUUGCUAAUUUUACAAACAAAUACAACGUAUUGUAAAUAGUUUGGAACGGCUGCGAAUACAGUACUUCGGAAAUGAUACAUGACAUUAUAUUGUCAUGCAUUAACUUGCACAGUGACCAAUUGCCCAUUGAAGAAUUUCUUGUAUCCGAAGCUGUAAGCAAAUAUUUUCAUCCAUGCGAAAGAAAUAUCCUGGAGGAUAUUAUAAAGAUAAUAAAUCUUUUGAGAGACAUAGCCAGAUUUGUCCAAAUCUACAGUGGGAAUCGGAAUGCAACUUUGAAUACUAGUGUCUUUGAUACAGAUGAGCCGCUGCAGAAUGGUCUUUAUCUUAAGGCAUUCUGUAAUGGAAUGUCAGAAGUUUUGGAUGGUUAUUUGCAUGAUGUUGCCGACUUGGAACGCAAAUAUUUAAUACAACCCAAUCAGUCGUUGAUGUUUGUCUAUCAGAAGCUGCAGGAAUACGAGCCUCUGGCUUUGUACUUGUCCUCAUUGAUUCGAGGAGUUUGCUCCCAAAGGCUGCAUGGAUGUGCCAUUAUUCAAUAUUUGCAACAGCAUUCUCUGCACGGAGAUGCCCGGGCCAUUAAAGCUGUGCGCUUGAUACAGGCGAAGGUUAAUGUAAUUUUUCUCAAGCAAUUGACCCAUUGGAUUUUGUAUGCCAAGCUGCAAGACUCCUAUGGGGAAUUUUUUAUACAAUGCUCUGAGGGUGAUGGCAACAGCACUUUGGAAAGCGAUAAAGCUACCACAACCGGUAGGACUUGGAAUUCGGAAGCUGCUUGCUAUGCUGAUAUAUGGCGCUAUGAAGUUUGCUAUGAACUUUUGCCUUCAUACCUGUCCUUUGUGUGGGCCGAGAAGGUUCUGUUCAUUGGCCAGACCGUUUUGAUAUUCAAAGUCGACACAGACAAGCUGACAAAGAAAUGCCAUAUUUGGAAUACAACUGAAAAUGAUUUUCUUGACCACAAGCAGACGUUUUGGAAUGAUAAGGAACAUGUUUAUUUUGCCAAGAUUCAGGCUUUGCACCAGGAUGAAGAGUUGAUUGUGUCCCACUAUGAAAGUGUCAUAGAUGAGCUCAAGUGCUAUGUGACAACCCGUUUGUCCGAAAUAGCCGUCAAUCAGGCAGAUUUGGUCAAACAACUAAAGCUGUUGAAGGACUUCUUUCUACUGGGACGGGGUGAAUUGUUUUUGGAGUAUAUACGUCAGAUAUACAUUAUCGACAAGGAAAAAGAGAAUGCAAAUAAAAUGAGAGAUUUUGUUAAAGCCUUUGAGUCAGCUGCCCAUAGCAUAGGCGUGGGAGAGGAGCUGGAUCAGUUUUCGGUUAGCAUGCCCAAGGCCCAUGCGGAUUCCGAAGAGUCACUCGAGUUUGGCUACUUGCAACUCAUUCAACUACAGUACAAAAUUAACUGGCCCCUGCAUUUGCUCUUUUCACCCAAAGUCCUGGAACGCUAUAAUGUGCUAUUUCGUUUCCUUAUUUUGAUUAAAAAAAUGCAAUACGAUCUGCAUAUGAUAUGGACCAAGUCUUCUAGAAAGUCCAAGCUGAAAUUCGACCAUUCGGUCAAGGUCAUGCUGUUGCGCAAUGAGCUCAUGUUCUUCGUGGAUAAUCUUCAGUAUUACAUACAAGCCGAUGUUCUAGACAGCCAAUUCAGUAUUCUGCUAAACACCGUUCUGAAUGAAGCCGACUUUGAGCAAAUUCAACGGGCCCACAGCGUAUUUCAAGCCAAUAUAUUGUCGCUUUGCUUUCUGCAAACAGAUGCCGAGGACAUAAGCAGGACAAAUGUUUUGCAGACAUCGGCAACUUUAAAUUCCAACAAUCCCGUCUAUUUGAUUAUCAACGAAGUUUUUCACAUUUGCAAUGAUUUCUGCGCAGCCAUUGAUAAUGAGAGGGGGGCAGAGACGACUGCGAUUGAUCAGAUCGCCGAUCGAUUGGGUGAACGUUUUGGCAGUCUAGUUCAGCAGUUAAUUAAUCUCUUGGUAGGCCUUAAGUCUGCACCCAGCACGGCACCAUUGUCUCAACUACUACUGCGCUUGGAUUAUAAUCAUUGGUUUAGCAACAAAAAAAUGGACACACCCAGAAUCUCUUAAUUUAACCCUUUUUUCAAAUGCCAUUCUUUUUCUAUCACUUUGUUCGUUUGAUUUAAAAUCGCCGUUUUUAUACUUAAAAAAUAAACAAAAGAAUUGUUCAUGAA